AUGUAUUUGGGUCAACUCAUCACCACCGCAGUUCAAGCGUACAUUGCUGCUGGCCGUCUGGAAGUGUACCUCAGUCGAGCUAGUACCGAACCGACCGUGGCCUACACAUCUCAAAAGACUUCGCAAAAGGCCCAGGACACAACCCAAAAGGCGGUCAACGACAGGAAUGUCAAACAAGACUCUGUGCUGUUUGGAGACCGCAGUGAUGCGAAUUUAAUCGCCACGCCUGCGGCACGUGUGGUACCAACACAAGGGCUCAAUCCGUCAGGUGAGAUUUUAGUGGCGCAACGUAUUGACAUGUACUGUAUAAUAGGUUUCAGUGGGGUUCAAAUAAAUUAA